AGUAGGUGCGCGAGUGGGAGGCGUCGCUCGCGGAGCUGGACGGGUCGUACCGCCAGAUGCUCGAGCUCUCGUGUGAAGAGACGCUGUUCACACCUGCAGCUGUGAACAGGUCGUACCGCCAGAUGCUCGAGCUCUCGGAGGAGUCGGACGAGCAGUCGGCCGGCGGCAAGAGGAGUGCCCCCCGCCGGCGGCCCGCCUCUGCCGGGCUCGGGGGCAAGUGGGGAGGCGGCGGCCGCCGGGAGGAGGAGCUGCACGAGGAGCUCGCCCGCAUCGCCGCAGAGCUGACGAGCCUCGUCGCCGCGCCAAACGCCCCCUCUGUUUUCGGUGGGCCGUUUGCGCCGCCCGCGCCGCUGCCGGCCCACCUAUCAAGCCAGCUCCUGCGCCAGCACCACGAGCAGCAUUUUGUCGACUUUGGCAGAGAGGGCCUGAGGCUGCCGGCGGCGCAGCCGCGGGCAGCAGUCAACACCGCCGGCGCCGCCGCGUGGCUCGGCCAGCGCGAGCGCGUUCAGUCGCUCAUGCAGUCGCACGCGCGCUGGCUGCGCAAGCUGCGCCACAGCAUUGCCCAUGCCGAGUAGCUCGCGCUUUCCCGUCCGGCGGAGCCAGAGCGUGUAGCUCCGGGAAGCUCGAACGAACAGAGCCGUAGAGACUGCCGUGUAGUAACGUAAGGUACCCUGUCUAUGAUUGUGUCGCAGCAUUUUU